CGAUAAUUGUCUAGCGUCUACCGGAAUGUUGGCGCUCUGAUGAAAUAAUUUUUGCAACUCCAGCCAGUCGCCUAUUUGAAAUUAUUAGAAGUUUAGACAAUCAUGGAUGUUGAAUUGCCGUAUAUGGCGGAAUAUGCCAAAUCUGGCCGUGCUGCUUGUAAAGGUUGUAAGUCUGCUAUUCCUAUGAAAGAACUACGAAUUGCUGUAUUGGUCCAAUCUGCUUUUCACGAUGCAAAAGUGCCCAACUGGUUCCAUAAGGCCUGUUUUUUCAAGAAACAACGACCAUCAUCUGUAGGUGACAUACAGAAUUACGAAAACUUGCGUUUUGAUGAUCAAAAGGAACUGGAGACGCUAAUUGGAACGGUAGCAGGAAACGUAAUGGCUACCACCGGUAAAAAACGAUCUAAAGCUGAAAACACAGCGCUGAAGGACUUUGGUAUCGAGUAUGCAAAAUCUAGCCGAUCAUCAUGCCGAGGUUGCGAUCAAAAAAUAAGCAAAGAUCAAGUUCGUGUACGGAAAACAGUAUAUGAUACUGAAGUUGGUAUGAAGUAUGGUGGUCAACCCUUAUGGCAUCAUUUAGAAUGUUUUGCACAAUUGAGAUCCGAACUCGGAUGGUUCGAUACUGGUGAAAAUCUCCCUGGUUACAAAAGCUUAAAAGCCGAGGACAAAGCCGAAGUGAAAAAAGUUCUUCCAAUAAUCAAAUCUGAAGACACUCCGGAUGCAAAAAAGCCAAAAAUAGAGCAAAUUGAGGAAAAGGAACAAAACGAAAAAAUAGAACAAAUAAAAAAACAGAACGACUCGUUUUUUAAAUUUCGCGAUGAUCUAAAAAGUCAAAUGAAGAAGCAAGACAUUGAAGAUCUCUUGAUUUCAAAUGGACAGCAGCCGUUAACGGGCGAUUCUGAAAAGUUUUUUGAUCAAGCUGCAGAUAUGUUAACAUUUGGUGCUAUUGCUCCCUGCUCUGAAUGCAAAAGUUCUCAGUUUAUUUUUAAUAAAUCUGGAUACAAAUGCAAUGGAAAUAUUUCAGAGUGGACCAAAUGCGAUAAGCUAUACAUUGAACCCAAGCGCUCGGCUUGUAAAGUACCUAAGAAUAUCAAAUCAGCGUAUCACUUUUUAGAUUCUGUAAAAAGGAAACCAAUAACACGAAUCAUCCAAUAUAUACCUCCUAGUGCUAACACAAUCUCUAAAAAUAUGUUGCUGAAAAAGAAUCCUGAAGAGUUAAAUGGACCGAAAAUUGAUCGUAAAAAGCCACCAUUGUACAGUUUGAGCUUUUCCAUUAUUGGAAUUAAAGAAAAAGAGAAAGAUUUAAAAAGGCGAAUUGAAAAAUUGGGCGGAAAAUGCGAUACCAAAAUAUCGGAAAGGACCAUAGCAAUUAUAUCUACGGAACAAGAGACUAAGAAGAAAAGCAGCAGAAUGGAGUCAGCGAAAAAAUUCGGCAUUCAUAUUGUUCCUGUUGAAUACAUCGAUGUUGUGGAAUCUGAUCCUGAUGGCGCCAUAAAUUAUAUAAGUAGUAUGAGCAUUUGUGAUUGGGGAACAGACCCAUCAGCGCGUGUUCCCCAGGAAGAAGCUAAAAGCUCAAAGUCAAAGAGUAUAUAUACAAAAUCCGUGCCAAAGUCAAAGACGCUGAAAGUAAAGGAUGGUCUCGCUGUUGAUCCUGAUAGUGGACUUGAAGACAUCGCCCAUGUGUAUGUUCAGGGGAAAGACAAAUAUAAUGUAGUGCUUGGUUUGACUGACAUUCAACGCAACAAAAAUUCAUAUUACAAGCUACAACUUUUGGAAGCGGAUAAAGGUUCAAGGUAUUGGAUUUUUCGUUCAUGGGGUCGGAUUGGCACAACCAUUGGGAAUAAUAAGGUUGAAGAGUGUGGAACCAUUUUGGAAGCGAAAGAAAUUUUUCAAAAAGUAUUUGCUGAUAAGUCCGGAAAUGAAUUUAAAAAUCGAGAACAAUUUGUAAAAAUCCCAGAUCGUAUGUAUCCAAUCGAUAUUCAGUACGAAGAUGAUUCAAAAGUGGUAACGGAUAACAAAAAUACUAUUAGUUCUAGGCUUGAGCCUUCCGUACAAAAUUUAGUCAAACUUAUUUUUGAUGUGGAUUUUAUGAAAAAAACAAUGAUGGAAUUUCAUAUUGACAUGGAGAAAAUGCCUUUAGGCAAACUUAGUUUAAAGCAAAUUCAGUACGCGUACAAUGUUGUGAAGGAAAUUUAUGAAUUAAUCGAGUCCGGCUCUACAAAUGCAAGGCUCAUUGAUGCCUCUAAUAGGUUUUACACGCUAAUUCCCCACAGCUUCGGAGUGCAAUCACCACCAUUAAUUGAAACUUCGAAGCAGGUAGAAGAGUUGCGACAAAUGCUUGAUUCGCUGGCUGAAAUCGAGGUCGCCUACAGCCUAAUAAAGAACGAAGAUACAAUUGAUAACAUCAACCCAUUAGACAAACAUUACGAUCAAUUGAAGACUCAAUUGAUACCGCUGGAUAAAAAUAGUGAUGAAUUUGCGAUUCUAAAUAAGUAUGUAAAGAAUACCCAUGCUGCUACCCACAGUGCCUAUGAACUUGAGGUGGUGGAUGUUUUUAAAGUAGCUCGUCAAGGGGAAGCUAGACGUUUUAAACCUUUUAAGAAGCUACACAAUCGAAAAUUAUUAUGGCACGGUUCCCGGUUAACGAAUUUCGCUGGUAUCCUAUCUCACGGUUUGAAAAUUGCUCCUCCUGAAGCGCCUCCAACUGGGUACAUGUUUGGAAAAGGAAUUUAUUUUGCUGACAUGGUUUCUAAAUCUGCUAAUUAUUGUUGCACUAGCCAACAAAAUUCAACCGGAUUAAUGCUUCUUUCCGAAGUAGCCUUGGGAGAUAUGCUAGAAUGUACCGCAGCGAAAUACGUUACAAAACUACCGAAAGAUAAGCACAGCUGCUACGGCCAUGGUCGCACCAUGCCAAAUCCUAAAGAGACCUAUAUGCGAGAUGAUGGUGUGGAAAUACCACUUGGAAAGGCAGUCACUGAUGAAAAUUUUAAAUCUUCUUUAUUAUACAAUGAGUAUAUAGUAUACGAUAUUGCCCAGGUAAAUGUUCAGUAUUUGUUUCGUAUGGAAUUCAAGUACAGGUAUUAAAAUGUUAAAAUAUGCUAUAAAAAUCCUCUAUUAAACCAUGAAUAUAUUUUUAACUAUAUCCUUAAUCGAUUUUGUUUUACUGGAGAGAUUACAUUUUUGGCAUCGCAACAAGUACUCGAAUGUAUGUACUUAUAUACGCAUCUCUCGUAUGUAUAAGAUAUAUUUUAAUGAUCGAGGUAUUGCGAUUACUAUUUUAAAAGUGUAUUCAAGGAAGAUAAUGCUGUUGUUACAUGGUCACAUCAAUUGAGUGAUUAGAUAAGAACAAGCAUGUUCCUGUGACCUGAUCGUUGACCGCAAAACUGAAUUAAGCUACCCAUAGUCUUGUUAUAUUAGCCCUCCUCUGUCGAUCGCGCUGUCGCGCGCUGAUCACCAUCUAAGCUGACCUUGCGCCUCGUGCAGCGUGCAGAAUAGUCCAGAUUACAGUCCCUCGCUCGACGAGUCCAACGAUCUGCCGAAUUGCAGAAGCCACUCCACCCAGUGCACUAAAUUCGAAAAUUUUGCAAUUAAUCCCAAAAAUAAAGACCUCAACAAAUUUGCACAAAUUUUAGACUAAGUAAAAAAAAUGUUAAAAACUGAAACUUAUUUACGUCGCAUUCACUGUAAAAAAUUUAUUUGUUUGUUAAGAUACAAAAUCCUUUAACAAAAUUUUAAACGUAAAGAAAAAUACAUUUGAUUUAUUGAUUGGCAA